CCAGCGAAGUCCCUUUGUCCGGAGAGAAGCCAGAACUUUAUUCUUCAUCUUCAUCCUCACAGCUCCCACGCGCCAUUGUUGUUUGCUUCUUCUUCUCCAUCCCAUCCCUGUCCUCGAGUUUCCCCUUCGCUCUUCUUCUUCUGAGUGAUGGGUAUGUGCUACCGCUGUUCCCAUACCUCCCACAUCACUGAAAUCAUAAUCACCAGCUUCUUCCGCCACAAGCCUUAGAUCUUCGCGCCCAAUUCUACUCUCUUGGAUCUUCUUGACCAGCUUUAUGGCUGCUUAAGAGCGUCGAUCGGAGUCUUCCUCAAAUGACGGGUGGGAGGGUGCUCAUGGGUUCUCACACUAACGCUUCCAAUUUGGGUCUUUUGCUUCAAAAUCAAGCCGCUCCUUCCUCUUCUGACUCUCUCGAUGCCUUUUUCCUUUCUGGCUCUUCCUCUUCUUUCCUCGGUUCAAGAUCCAUGGUGUGCUUUGAAGAUGUUAAACGAGGGAAAGUAUGUAACCAGUCAUUCUUUAGCCCUUUUGAUCAUGAUGAAAAUGGAGAUGAAGACUUGGAUGAAUACUUUCAUCAACCUGAGAAGAAGAGGCGGCUGACCGCUGACCAAGUCCAGUUUCUUGAGAAAAGCUUUGAGGUAGAGAACAAGCUUGAACCAGAGAGGAAAAUUCAGCUAGCCAAGGAGGUUGGCUUGCAGCCUCGGCAAGUUGCCAUUUGGUUCCAGAAUCGCCGCGCACGAUGGAAGACAAAACAGCUGGAGAAGGAUUUUGAAUCUCUGCGGGCUAGCUAUGACGGUCUUAAAGCUGAAUAUGAUGACCUUCUUAAGGAGAAAGAUAAAUUGAAAGCUGAGGUUGCAAAUCUCACAGAGAAGGUGCUUCUCAGAGAGAAACAAAUGGGAAACUGCAAGCAGGAUGACGCCAGUAAACUCAAAGAACCACAGCAAGAGCAAAAGCCCUUGUUUGACACAACUUCUGAUGGCGAAGGCUCCAAAGUCUCUGUUGGGGCUUGCAAACAGGAAGACAUAAGUUCUGCCAGGAGUGACAUAUUUGAUGCAGAUAGCCCGCAUCACACUGAUGGAGUUCACUCCGCGCUGCUGGAGCCUGGGGAUUCCUCCUAUGUAUUUGAACCUGAUCAGUCAGAUCUCUCUCAGGAUGAAGAAGAUAACUUGAGCAAGAACCUGUUCCCACCAUACAUAUUUCCCAAGCUCGAGGACGUUGAUUACUCCGACCCGUGUGAAAGUUCAUGUAGUUUUGGAUUCCCAGCUGAAGAUCAUACCAUUUGGUCCUGGUCUUACUAGAUCUUCUGUCUUGUACAUGCAGCUCUGUUUCUUAUGUCUUUGCACUCGCUGUUCAGACCUUGUGGUAGAUAGAUAUGAGUAAGGAAUAAAAUAAGUCUUGAGCGAUGGCAUCCUAGUCCUGAAAUUCGAGGCUGGUCCAGGGUAGAAAUGGUGGAUUUCCCCCAUUUCCUGUAGCCUUUGUCGAUGUUGGGGAUGUCAAUGUAGUAUGUAUGAAGCUUUUGGUCUUAAAUGUAAUUAAAUAAAUGUGUUCUCUUUGAGAAUGCUGCCUGUGGGGAGAUUGUUUCAGACAGGCUUAGUUUAUCAACAAAUAAGUGAGUUUCAUUCCGGAAGAGAAUGCAAAUGCAUGUUAGGUAAAA